GCUGUCGAGAAUAAACGAACUGUGUAAAUAAACAUAGCCGAAGACAAAAUAUUCACGCUAGUCGUUUAUAAUCGAAUAUUUAUUGAGUUUUUAAGAAAUGGUUAAUUAUUGCAUUUUAUGCGGUAGUCGCCGUCAAAAAGGAAUUUCGUAUCAUGGGUUUCCGAAAAAUCUUGAGUUGAGAACGAAAUGGCUCGAGUUUUGUGGAAUGGAAGAACAUCAUUUGAGAAGCGUCAGCACAAUUUGUUCAAGUCAUUUUAAGGAUGAAGAUUUGAUUUCACAAUUGGGUAAACGCAUAGUAAAACCCAAUGCAAUUCCUUCUUUCUUCCACUUAAGAAAAAUGAAAAAGAAGUCAAAACAUCAGACUUUAACGGAUAAAAGUCAAGAAGAGUCUGGCAGAGACUUCAUUGAAAAAAAUUUCGAACUGAAUUUUGACGACGAUCCUGCAGUAAAAAAUGCAUUUAGUAUGGGCGGUAACAAAGAAAUUCCAAUUGGAUUGUCGGAUAAUAACAAUGAUCCUGUUGUAAAAAACAAGGAUGCAUUAACUACUAAUGACAGAGAUGCAACACUUCGAUUGGAUAAUAACUAUGAUCUAGUUAUGGAGCAUGAUGAAACGUUAAUGACGAACAGCGAUGAAGAUACAUUACCUGUACCUGUAGAAGGUGCAUCUGCUGUAAUAAAUGUUCUCAAAACUCCGCCAAAAUAUGUUGAGCCUCGAUUCGUUGGAGACAUUCAGUCACCACAUCUCGCUACACCAAGAAGAGCUAAGCGGGCAUUAAAUUUAGCCAAAUCAAAUAUUGUACAGUAUCGAAGAAAAAUUGAGGUAUUGCAGCAAGCAAAUAGAAGAUACAGAAAACGUAUAUUGCAUAUGAAAGACCUAAUAAAAAUGUUAAAACAGAAAAAUUUAGUGUCAGAUGGAGCUGCAGAUAGUUUAUUAGUAAGUUUCGAUAAAAUUAAUUAUUAGAUACUUUUUUACAUUGGGUUGUUUAUUUGUAAAUUCCAAGAAAAAU